CCCAUUUCCCCACCGCUAGCCUGGGACUAGGCCGCACCCCAAAGGGAGCCCGGAAGCAGCCUCCCCAGGGCGCCCCCUCCCGAAGCGCCCGUCGUCCUCCCCGGCGCGUCCUGGCGCGUCCGGGGGGUCAGGAGCCCGGGGGUGCUGUGCUGGGGCGCGGGCUCCCCCGCGAGCUGGACUCGGUGGAGUCGCGCAGAGCAGCGGCCUCCAGGGGCGCGGCCCGGGGCAGGGGCAGGGCGUCCCCGGCCGCGGGGGAGGCGGCGGGGAUCCCGGGCCGCGGGGCAGCUGCUCCGACGGCGGGGCCGGGAAGCGCCGACCCAAGCGCCAUGGGCGUGGGCCGGGCGGGCGCGCUGGGGUUAACGACCGCCCCGCCCGGCCGCGGUGACUCAGUUUCGCCAGAAACUAGGGGGUGGAGGUGGCCGACCGGCAGUGCACCCCGCACCUGAGCGGAAACGGCCACUGGGGCCGCGCAGGAAGCCGGGACCGGAACCUCAACAGCGCGGGCCCCACCCCACUCACCUGCGCAGGUAACCCGGGCCGGAGGCGGAGCGGACUCGGAGUAUGUUUGGCUCUUUGUUCCGCGCUAGUCCGAGUGUCCGGGUACGUGACCUCCUUAGCAGUCCCUCGGGCCGUGGGUCUGGCGGCCUGGGCUCCCGGGGCGCCCCUGCUCCCCAGCCCUCCCCUUCGCUUCCUCUGCGCCGGCCCGCCCCCCUCGAAGUCUCCCCGGCCGAUCCGGUUUCCCCGCUGAUCCCGUGCGCCUCCUGCUCUGCCUCCUCCCCGCUCCCAGGUCGCAAGCACCCUCGGAGCCCAGAGCCCAGCACUGUGAAGGUGACCCCCGUGGGCUGGAGGGCGACGGCCUCUGGGCGGACGAUGGCUGGCGUCCCCCUCUCCCAGGCCCGCAUCCCAGCGGUCGCCGUGUGGCUCCUGUGUGCUCUCGGCCUCCCGGGCACCGCCGCCGGGCCGCCGCCCACGCCCCCCGCGCAGCCAGAAGGAGCCUCCUGCUUGGGCCGCUUUACCCCCGGGGUGCCCGCUUUUGUACUUGACACCGAAGCCUCGGUCAGCAACGGGGCCACCUUUCUGGGCUCCCCCGCCGUGCGCCGCGGCCGGGACUGCGUGCGCGCCUGCUGCACCACCCAGAACUGCAACUUGGCGCUGGUGGAGCGGCAGCCCGCCGGCGGGGAGGACGCCAUAGCCGCCUGCUUCCUCAUCAACUGCCUCUACGGGCAGAACUUUGUGUGCAAGUUUGCGCCUAGGGAGGGCUUUGUCAACUACCUCACCAGGGAGGUUUACCGCUCCUACCGCGAGCUGCGGACCCAGGGCUUUGGAGGGUCCCGGACCCCCAUGCUCUGGAAAGGCAUAGACUUGAAGGUACAGCCCCAGGAACCCCUGGUGCUGAAGGGUAUGGAGAACACAGAUUGGCACCUACUGCAGGGUGACCCGGAUGUCAGGGUAGAGAGGAAUGAUUCGGACCAGGUGGAGCUAUGGGGACUCAAGGAAGGCACCUACCUGUUCCAGCUGACACUGGCCAGCCCAAACCAGCCAGAGAACACGGCCAACAUCACAGUCAGCGUUCUCUCCGCCAAGCAGACGGAAGAUUACUGCCUGGUAACCAAAAAGGUGGGCCGCUGCCGUGGUUCCUUUCCCCGCUGGUACUACGACCCCAAAGAACAGAUCUGCAAGAGUUUUGUCUAUGGAGGUUGCUCAGGCAACAAGAACAAUUACCUUUGGGAGGAAGAGUGCAAGCUAGCUUGCUUCAAUGUGAAAGGCCCCUCCAAGGAAAGGCAUCAUACAGUGUGCUCCGGUACCUGUCACUCCACCGAGUUCCGCUGCAGCGACGGCUGCUGCAUUGACAGCUUUUUGGAGUGCGACGGCACUCCCGACUGCCCUGACGCCUCCGACGAGGCCACCUGUGAAAAAUACACCAGAGGCUUCGAGGAGCUCCAGAACUUCCACUUCCCCCGUGACAAAGGGCACUGCGUGGACCUGCCAGACACGGGUGUCUGCAAGGAUAGCAUCCCUCGCUGGUACUACAACCCCUUCACUGAGCACUGCGCCCGCUUUACCUAUGGUGGUUGCUAUGGCAACAAGAACAACUUUGAAGAGGAGCAUCAGUGUCUCGAGUCCUGUCAUGGCAUCUCCAAGAAGGAUGUGUUUGGUCUGCGGCGGGAAAGCCCCAUUCCCAACGCAGGCUCCGUGGAGAUGACCAUUGCCGUGCUCCUGGUCACCUGCAUUGUGGUGGUGGUAGCCAUCCUGGGGUACUGCUUCUUUAAGAACCAGAAAAAGAGUGUCCACAGAUACCACCAUGGCCACCCCCCACCCCCGACCCCUGCCAGCUCCACGGUCUCCACCACCGAGGACACAGAACACCUGGUCUAUAACCACACCACCCGACCCUUGUGAGCCUGGGGCUGCCUCGGCCCUUUGGCCUAGGGCUCUCGCGGGCUCUCGCCAGCCCUCCUCUGGCCCUGCUUCCUCCUUACCAAGGAGGCCUAGACUGGGAAAGACUUUGGGACCAGACCCCUCCUGCCUACUUCCCAGGCCUCUCUGCCUCAGAGACCAGGGCUCUAGUCCCUCUCAGAGACGUCUCAGCUGAGCUCAGGCCACUCAUUCCUGAGAAAACUCGUGUCUGAGGGGAGCAGAGAAACUUUGAGCCAGGAGUUCUACAUGUAGAUGGACCUGCCUUGCCUAGGAUUUAAGAGGAAGUUGGAGUUUUGUUUCCUGUUCAAAGCUGUCCGCCCCACACUGUGAUGUGGUGUCAGGAAGGGGUCUGGGCAGUGUCAGAGGCUGGAGGCCCCACCCCUCCUGCUCUGCACAGUCCAGAGCUGGGGUAAGGACCUCCCUAUAUAUUUUGUGCUGUACAGAGUUCUUAUUUUUAUUUAAUGCUGUGGAGGUGGAUGAGAGCUAUGGAAAGUGGCUCUCUGGCCUCUGCUGCUUCUUCCCCUUCCCACAAGGAUGAACCCCACUCGGCCUGGCCUGGCACAUGGAGCCGGAGCUGCCCCAUCCUCACUGCACUCCCAGGGCUCUCCGGCCCCACACCUGCACCAGCCCCCACUUCCCACAGGCCCCAGUCCACCCACAGUGUAAUAAAAUGGUUUGUCCUGUGA